AUUUAGAACGAUUACGACAUUUUACAUCGAAGGAUCCUUGGCAGUUCUACUUCUUCCGUCUAUAUGAAGGACUAGUGUCACGGUUCUAACAAAGUCGUCGCGCUUGGCACCUCCAGGCAGCCGAAGUACGUCGCACGUCAGACCGGAACAACCCAACUUCCGUUUUGUUCUUUAACAGACUCUGAAAUGAGGCUUCUGAAGCGAGAAGGGUCGAGUCUCACUCACCACUCAGAACCCUUACGCGUUGCAUAACCAUGAAGUUCACGUCUGCGUUUGUCCUCGCCGCAUUGCCUUAUCUUGUCAAUGCUGCUCCUAGCCCAGCAUCGCAGGCUGGUCGGCUCGAGAUACCUAUCUCUAAACGGGCGCAGCCGCAGGGCGUGUCUUUUUGGGCAGAACAUGUCAAUAGUGUAAAGAACAAGUAUCUACGUAACUUCGCAGUCUAUGAACGCAACACCGGUAGCAAGCACCCGCUCGCAGCAUCGCCGGCACGCGCAUCGCGUCGUGGCGACGGCGCAGUUCAGCUCACUGACAGUGAUGAAACAUUGUGGUAUGGCAAGAUAGCCGUCGGCACGCCUCCAAAGACGUUUACGGUUGACUUUGAUACCGGGAGCAGCGAUCUCGUGUUACCGGGCGCAGAUUGCACAGCCAACUGCGAAGGGCACGCACUAUAUGACCCCAGCCGGAGCUCAACCAGCGAGACAACCAAUCAGCCGUUCAAGUUAAGCUAUGGUGAUGGGUCGAGCGUGCAAGGAACAGUGUAUCUUGACACGGUCGCACUUGCGGGAUUCCAGGCAACGGACCAAUCUGUAGGAGACUCCAGCCAGUACUCCGACGGAUUUGCACUAUCCCGGUUCCCUUCGGACGGUCUGAUGGGCAUGGCCUUCAAACAAAUCUCCGAGUUCAACGCCUCUCCGGUCUUCCAGACCCUCGUUGAAGAAGGAAUGGUAUCCGACCCUGUCUUUGCCUUUAGACUCGGUACAUCUGGCUCUAAGCUUGAUGUCGGCGGCAUCGAUCAAGCUUCUCUCAAGGGGGACAUAUCGUAUACCGACGUCACCCAAGAGGGUUUCUGGCAAGUGAAAACCGACGCUCUCAUGGUCGGAGGUCAGACGACGUCAUCAAACUUCGAUGCAAUCAUCGACUCUGGCACGACGCUCAUUGUGGGACCUACAGCAGAUGUUGCAAAGUUCUACGAAGCGGCAGGCGGGACGGACGCUUCUCAAACAGCCGGUCCGGGCAUGUAUACCGUGCCGUGCGAUAAGAUCCCCUCCGACAUCUCUCUUACUUUCGGCGGACGCGAGUUCCCCAUUUCCCCGGAUACGUUCAAUCUCGGGCCAGUCUCAGAGGGCUCGAACGACUGCGUCGGUGGGAUCACUGGACAGGAUAUUGGCGAGCCCUUCUGGAUCGUCGGUGACGUCUUCAUGUGCAACGUAUACACCAUUUUCGAUGUUGGUGAAACGCGUGUUGGCUUUGCCAAUCUAGCAUAACGAGCGGCACCAAUAACUUGGAUCUCAAAGUAUCUUCGCGUGUUCAUGUGCUCUUAUUUCCUUUGCGCAUCACGCUACAGCUAAUGUAAUAUCUCGUGACAACCGUCUUAAUAUACCUGCAU